CAUAUGACCCAUUCCUCCCGUCCCAGGGUGUGCGCGCGCAUAUGAUUCGGGCGUGAUGAUCUAAUUUCUGGCGCGAUGAUGUCAUUUGCGCGCUGAUGCUUAGAGUCCGCUGUUUUCGCCGGUCUUCCGCCAUCCAAGGAACUCCUAAUUGUCGAGUGGUGCUAACGAGUUUGCUAGUGAGGGCGCGCCUCCCUCACACGCACGAACUCAGGGACCCAGCACCGCGCGGGCCCUGCCGCUCUGGCCCGCCUCUUCCCUCCCGUAGGCCGGCCCCUGUCCCGCGCAGUGCCUGUACAGUGCGGGUUAGCCGGUCAGUGCCUGGCACAGAGGCUUGUAGGCGCUGCAGCUCCGGAGGGCGCGCUGGGCACAGAGUGCGCGCGGGCAAACGCCGGCCGGGACGCGGCAGGGCUAUGCUGGGCAAGGACUACAUGUUGGCCAUCAUCCUGGUCAACUGCGACGAUGACUUGUGGGGGGACCAAAGUCUGGAAGGAGAGACAGGCCUGCCGCCUGGCUGGAGAAAGAUCCGUGAUGCUGCAGGUACUUAUUAUUGGCAUGUACCCAGCGGCAGCACCCAGUGGCAGCGCCCAACCUGGGAACUAGGAGGUGCAGAGGACCCAGGAGCGGGGACGGAGGGGAUUUGGGAACUGCGACCCCCCAAGGGAAGAUCCUUCUCCACCCUGGACAGCUCACUGAACCGGAGUAACUCUGUGAACUGGUAUGGUGAAGAUUCCUAUGUCCAGAACCUGGAGCCAGGAGCUAAGUGCUUUGCAGUCCGCUCUCUGGGCUGGGUAGAGGUACCUGAGGAGGACUUAGCACCAGGGAAGAGCAGUAUUGCUGUCAAUAACUGUAUCCAGCAGUUGGCCCAGACUCGCAACCGGAGCCAGCCCUCAGAUGGUGCCUGGGGUGAGGGGCAGAACAUGCUGAUGAUCCUGAAGAAAGAUGCUAUGUGCCUGGUGAAUCCCUUGGACCACAGUAUGAUCCACUGUCAGCCUCUGGUGCACAUCCGUGUAUGGGGUGUGGGCAGCUCUAAGGGCCGUGACAGGGACUUUGCUUUUGUGGCGGGUGACAAAGACAGCUGUAUGUUGAAGUGCCACGUGUUUCAUUGUGAUGUCCCUGCAAAGGCCAUUGCAAGUGCCCUACAGGGCCUCUGUGCUCAGAUUUUGUCAGAGCGAGGAGUCAGUGGUGAUGCCGCUUGCUGCUCUCCAGACCCCAUUUCCCCUGAAGACCUCCCAAGGCAAGUGGAGCUGCUGGAUGCAGUGAGCCAGGCUGCUCAGAGGUACGAGGCAUUGUACAUGGGGAUCCUGCCAGUCACCAAAGCCAUGGGUAUGGAUGUGCUGAAUGAGGCCAUUGGCACUCUCACUGCCCGGAGAGACCGGAAUACCUGGGUCCCUGCCAUGCUCAGUGUAUCUGACUCUCUCAUGACUGCACAUUCCAUUCAGGCAGAGGCUGGUGCAGAGGAGGAGCCACUGUGGCAGUGCCCUGUGCGCCUUGUGACUUUUAUUGGUGUUGGCCGUGAUCCACACACCUUUGGCCUCAUUGCCGACCUUGGCUGUCAGAGCUUCCAAUGUGCAGCCUUCUGGUGCCAGCCUCAUGCUGGGGGACUCUCUGAAGCUGUGCAGGCUGCCUGUAUGGUUCAGUACCAGAAGUGUCUGGUGGCCUCUGCAGCUCGGGGCAAGGCCUGGGGUGCCCAGGCCCGUGCCCGCCUGCGGCUCAAGCGGACCAGCUCCAUGGACUCCCCAGGCGGUCCCCUACCUCUCCCCCUACUCAAAGGAGGGGUUGGGGGUGCUGGAGCAGCUCCUCGAAAGCGGGGUGUUUUCUCUUUUCUUGAUGCCUUCAGGCUGAAACCCUCUCUCCUCCAUAUGUCCUAAAUUGAUCUUAGAGGGCUGGAGAAGGAGGCUCUGAAUUCAUACCCUAGACUCUAUACCCCUCCAUUCCCCAGGGGCCUGUAGCCUCUCACCUUUUUGCCUGGCCCUGAUCCUUGCCUGCCCUGUAUUUAUUGCCCUGUUUAUUGUUUAUAUGGAUGAUUGAGAGGCCUUGCACUAUAACUUAGGCCCCUGGCUCCCCUUUCCUUGAAUCCUUUUGUUCCUUGCCCCUGUCCAGCCCUGGACAAUUGGCUCUACCUCAGCAACACUUUAUAGCAAAAUCUGUGCAAAUAAAAAUCCCUUAGUGACCUCA